AUGGCGGUGGAUAACGGGUAUCUAACUCAGUUCGUCGAAGAGACAACGUUUUACAACCGAAUCGUCCUGAAACACCUUUUGCCGGAGAAUCUGUGGGAACCUUUACCACAUUUCCUCCAGACAUGGCUCCGGAGUUACCUCGCCGGCAACAUACUUUACUUCAUCUCCUGCUUCCUCUGGUGCUUCUACAUCUAUUACCUUAAACUCAACGUUUACGUUCCCAAAGAAUCAAUUCCAACAAGAAAGGCAAUGAUUAUGCAAAUAUAUGUGGGAAUGAAGGCAAUGCCUUGGUACACACUUCUUCCACCUGUCUCUGAGUAUAUGAUCGAGCGUGGUUGGACCAAAUGCUACUCUACAGUUGACCAAAUCAAUUGGUUCCUCUGUCUGCUUUACAUCGCGAUCUAUCUUGUUUUAGUUGAGUUUAUGGUUUAUUGGGUUCACAGAGAGCUUCAUGACAUUAAGUUUCUCUACAAGCAUCUCCAUGCAACCCACCAUAUCUACAACAAGCACAACACUCUCUCUCCAUUUGCUGGGAUGGCAUUGCAUCCAUUGGACGGGAUGCUUCAGGCUUUACCGCACGUGAUAGCUUUGUUUAUAGUGCCGAUUCAUCUCUCAACACAUUUGUGUCUUUUGUUUUUGGAAGGGAUAUGGACAGCGAACAUCCAUGAUUGCAUCCAUGCUAACAUUUGGCCUAUAAUGGGUGCUGGAUACCAUACCAUACACCAUACCACAUACAAGCAUAACUAUGGUCACUAUACCAUUUGGAUAGAUUGGAUGUUUGGCUCUCUUAGGGUUCCUUUAGCAGAACAAGACAACUUGAAGGAGAAAUGA